CAGGUCACUCACCUUGAGAAUCGCCUGGCCCAGAUGGAAGCCACCGUCUUGGCUACUCAGACCCUGGCUAGCCUGGACCACAGUCUCGGUACCGAGCUCAACCCCGCCUCCUCCUGCCUUCACAUCAAACAGAACAACCCCUCCAGCCUGGACGGAGCCUACUUCCUCAUCGGGAAGGGUGGAACCAUCUACCAGACCUACUGCGACAUGACCACGGCCGGAGGCGGCUGGACGCUGGUCUCCAGCGUGCACGAGGACGACAUGUACGGCAAGUGUACGGCCGGGGAUCGCUGGACCAGCACUCGCGGGAACAACAUCAACUACCCUGAGGGAGACGGCAACUGGGCCAACGUGCACACCUUCGGCUCCAUGGGGUCGGCCACUACCGACGACUACAAGAACCCAGGCUACUUCAGCAUCAGCGCCUCCAACGUCAUGCUGUGGCACGUCCCGAACAACGUGCCGCCGAAGGACUACAAAACCGCCGCCUACCUACGGUACCGCACCUCCACCGGUUUCCUCGCGGACUAUGGAGGCAACCUGUACUCGCUCUUCAAAGAUUACUUCCCCAUCGCUUACGGCUUGGGCACGUACACUCACGACAACGGCCCAGCCAUCCCCAUUGUGUACGAACUGGGUAACGAUACUGUAAUGGAGUCUCAUUUGCCUCCGAACGUUGUUUCACGACAUGAAGCCGUCCCAGGGUUCGUGCAGUUUCGGGUGUUCACCAACACUCGUUCUUGCACUGCGGUUUGUCCAGGUGUCAACUACGUCGGCGGCAAUGCAGAGCAAGUGUGCAUCGGCGGAGGAGGGUACUGGGCAGAGGGUCUGUCUCAGUGCGGCGACUACCUGUGGAAGGACUACAGCGGCUACGGCACCGGUGUCGCCUGGAGCGCGAGCAAGCUUGUCACUGAGUCCACCCAGACUAACGUGGACCACAGUCUGGGUGGCGAGCUCAACCCCGCCUUCUCAUGCCUUCAGAUCAAACAGAACAACCCCUCCAGCCAGGACGGAGCCUACUUCCUCAUCGGGAAGGGCGGAACCAUCUACCAGACCUACUGCGACAUGACCACGGCCGGAGGCGGCUGGACGCUGGUCUCCAGCGUGCACGAGGACGACAUGUACGGCAAGUGUACGGCCGGGGAUCGCUGGUCCAGCACCCGCGGGAACAACCACAACUAUCCCGGCGGAGACGGCAACUGGGCCAACGUGCACACCUUCGGCUCCAUGGGGUCGGCCACUACCGACGACUACAAGAACCCAGGCUACUUCAGCAUCAGCGCCUCCAACGUCAUGCUGUGGCACGUCCCGAACAACGUGCCACCGAAGGACUACAAAACCGCCGCCUACCUACGGUACCGCACCUCCACCGAAUUCCUGGAGGACUUUGGAGGCAACCUGUACACACUCUUCAAAGACCACUUCCCCAUUGGCCACAAUCUCGGCACAUUCACCCACGACAAUGGUCCGGCCAUCCCCAUUGUGUACGAAGUGGGCAACAAUAGCUUUGUCGAGUCACUGUUGCCUCCGGAAGUCAUUUCACGACAAGAAGCUGUCCCCGGUUUCGUGCAGUUUCGGGUGUUCAACCACGAGACUGCCUGCCAUGCGGUCUGUCCAGGUGUCAACUUCGUCGGCGGCAACUCGGAGCACGUGUGUAUCGGUGGGGGUGGAUACUGGGCGGAAGGCAAUCCUAGGCAGUGCGGUGACUACGCGUCCAAGGACUGGGAUGGCUAUGGUAACGGUUAUGGCUGGAGCUCAAACCGGCUUGUCACUGAGUCCGUCAUCAUGUUCUUUUAUCGCUGAAGUCCGCGAAUUUCCGGCAAGCGGCAUAACAAAGAUGUCUCUGUAAGAUACAGAUUUCUGAUUGUAUCUUUAGAUAUCUAUCUCAGAAAUAAAUGCAUGCAAGAACAUGAGUAUGGGUUUUGUUAUUUUUAUAAGGACCAACUGUCUUGUGUGUGUGUACAAUGGCAGGCUCUUGGCAAUGGUGAAAAACACGU